AUGGUGGGAUCAUCCACUUCACAUACUGAAUCCACACCUCUCUUGAACGACGAUACUUCAGCACAUAAACACACAUACAAUGCUGACGAUUCCGAUCAUAUCAGUGUCACUUCAUCCUCUUCUGCGUCCUCAACUGAGGCGGGCAGCCAAAACAAGGGAGAAGCUAUUGUUGCUCGUCGACUCAAAGGUGCCCACUUGUUUGUGAUAUUAACAGGCCUAUGGACGGGUGUUUUCUUAUCGUCAUUGGAUGCAAGCAUUGUGGCCACUAUUUACCCACAGAUUGGUACGGAGUUCAAGAGAUCAAAUGAAAUUAUAUGGGUGGCUACAUCUUAUAUGUUAAGUUAUACUGCGUUGCAGCCUUUAUAUGGCCGAAUCUCGGACGCUUUUGGUCGCAAGUCUGCGUUGUUAUUCGCCGCCGUCAUAUUCUUUAUUGGUUCAUUCUUAUGUGGUGCUGCGAAUAGUUUGUGGUCGUUGGUAAUCGCUCGUGGUAUUGCAGGCAUUGGAGGAGGUGGUUUGAAUACCAUGAGCUCGGUGAUUACGAGUGACAUGGUACCACUCCGAGAACGCGGGAAAUAUCAAGGUUAUGCAAACAUUGCGUAUGGUCUUGGAUCAAUUACUGGUGCACCAUUGGGAGGAUUUAUUACUGACACAGUGGGAUGGCGAUAUUGCUUUUAUAUCAACUUGCCUCUACUAGUGAUCUCUUUGUAUGUUGCGACAUGUUUGCUGACAAAUUACAAUCUUGAGGAGCAAGAUGAUGAUCUUUCAACGUGGGAACGCUGCAAAAAUAUUGAUUAUCUUGGUGCAUGCACUAUUGUCACUGCCGUUGUAUGCUUCAUGGUUGCCACCUCACUCGGAGGCAACUCCCUUCCAUGGUCGGAUCCAAUUGUUGUGGGAUGCUUGGUUGCUUUUCUGGUGAUGACUAUUGUAUUUUGUGUGGUAGAGGCCAAAGUUGCAUCCAAUCCUCUGAUGCCCUGGCACAUCAUCUCAAGUCGCACACCAUUUUCAUGCUCGUUGGUCAAUUUUUUCGGCGUCAUGGGCAGUUUUGGCAUGACCUAUACCACCCCUUUGUUCUUCCAGGGUCUCUUGGGCUACUCCCCUUCGGAAGCUGGCUUAUUCUUUUUGCCAAAAGUAGCUGCCAUGUCUGCGGGAUCAUUAGCAGCAGGCUUCUACAUGUCCCACACUGGUGAAUAUAAACGAUUUAUAAUCACAGCAUCUUCUCUUGCCUGUGUUUCCAUGGUGUGUUAUUCCUUGUGGCAUCCUGGUAGUUCGUUCUUCUUCAUUAUUCCCACGUUGCUGCUUGAUGGGUUCUCUUCAGGCUGUAUCAUAACAGCUGCUUUGGUGGCGAUGCUUUCAUGCGUCCCUCAGCAUGAAAUGGCUACUAUCACAUCUAUGUCAUAUCUCUUCCGUUCUACAGGUGGUGUUAUCGGUAUUUCUGGAACAUCGGCUAUAUUCCAAGGAGUGGUAAAGGACAUUCUCGUUGAAAAGAUCAAAGGACCUGAUGCAGAAAAGAUUAUUGAUAUCGCUCGCAAAUCCAUGACUGAGAUUCGUGAUUUGUUACCCGAUGAUGCUUUGAAUACUGUACUUGACGCAUACCAGACUGCCAUCAAGGAUGCCUUUUUAUUCUGCGUUGGUGUUUCGAUUCUGGGGUUGUUGUCGAGCGUCUUUAUAAGACAAUACCAGCUGGACAACAAAGUUAGAAAAUAG